CGCUCGAAGCGCGGGCGAACGAACGUAUGCGAAUGGGCCGCGCCAUUUUAAAAUACCGCUCGCCAACCCGACCAAAUUAAACGGCGCUUACUCCAAGCGCUCCCCGCUCACAUGCCGCGUUCUUAAUUCGGCCGCAUUAUGUUCAGGUCAGACGACUUGGAGUGGACGAACAAUCAAGUGAUUCGAUUAAUUAAUGAGUACAAGAACAGACCGAUGCUAUGGGACCCGAACCACGAGUUGUUCAGAGUGCAAACGGCGAAAUACGAGGCCUGGUCGGAGAUAGCUCAGAUGUUUGACAUGCACGUGACGGAUCUACGCAAGAAAUUUAAUUCGAUAUUUGCGUCGCAUCGCCGGGAGAAAGCUAAAGUGAGGUUCGGAACGCACUCCAAUUGGUUCCUGUACGACCACCUCAGCUUCUUGCCGAGCCACGUGAAUAACACAAGCAAAACCGGGUCGACGGUUGUUGUGAAAACGGGUGAAGACCAGGAGGGUGAAGAAGACUCCGAGAUUGACUUAGAUAAUGAACUGGACGUGUCCCACGAAGAAAUCAUCAUCAAAAACGAGCCAGAGGUCACGACUCCGCCUAAAAAAGUCACGUUAUACAGAAAACCGAGACCCCGCAUAGUCAGACAUAUAGUCAAACCAAAAAACAACGAACGGCAGCUAUCUGAAGCUAUGAAAAUUAUAAAAACAUCUACUGUGUCCAAGAGGAAAGACGAAUGCGAUAGUUUUGGGGAAUACAUCGCUGUGUCUUUAAGGAAGCACGACGAAAGGACUCGAUCUAUGAUCAAGCAGGCCAUCAAUAAUAUUCUGUUCGAACAGGAGAUGAAGAAGUAUAGUUCCCCCCAAUUCACUUUGGUUGAGAUUGAAGAGAACCCACUCAUUAUAGGUGAUGGUGAUGCUGAAUGUGAUAAGUGAUCGGACGUCACUGGCUUGUAAAGUUGUGCAUUUCGUGAUUAACUUCGAAAUAUGGGUGCAGUAUACAAAGGUACUAAUUCAUGUUAGUAACAAUGUAAAUAGCAUAUAGAUUUAAAAUUUUAAUGUCUUGAACAGUGCCGUUGAAAGUGUGUUUUAAAAUUAUUAUUUUAGGAGGAUUUUCGUUUGAUCACGCCAUAGUAGCCGGGUCAUUCUUAUUAUUGUUUUAAUAUUUUUGUAUUUUGAAAAAUAACAGGUUGAUUCAUAUUGUUCCUACUGAACGUGUUAUUUGAACACUCAAAUUGUAUAUAAUUAAGAUUUAGAUUAAUCUUAUCUAAGCUUGCGAUGAUAAAAAGUUGAAAACA